AAUGUUUACACAAAGCUGUAAACACAGCGCAAAUCCACUAGGUGGCGCACAAGCACUCUAAAGCAGCUUUGUAACUUGACAUAAGACCAAAGAGAAAGACGGCGGUGAAGGGAAUGCUACUUAUUUCCCCACUUUUCCCAAAAUACGAAGCUUUAAAUGUUUCAGAGCUGAUGGAUGAAAACGAAGAACUGGCCGAUGUGGAGGGGACAAAACAGCAUGUUGAAAAUGACAAUCAACCAGAGCCGAGAAACGAAAAGUCAUUCGCGUGCCCUCAAUGUGAGAAGACCUUCAAAUUUAAACACCAUCUUCGAAUCCACCUGAGAGUUCACACCGGGGAGAAGCCGUACGCUUGCGAAUUUUGCGGACAUCGUUUCAAAUACGAGAGGAGUUUCCAGGAGCACCGGCGAAUCCACACGGGGGAGAAACCGUAUCGGUGCGUCCACUGCGGGAAGACGUUUGCUUAUAAAAACACGUAUAAGAUCCACACGAGGAUCCACACCGGCGAACAACCGUACAUGUGCAACCAGUGCGAGAAGAGCUUCACGCAUGCCCGAUCUCUGCACGCGCACCUGCGCACUCAUUCAGGAGAAAAACCGUUUCCGUGUGAGCAAUGCGGGAAAACAUUCGCCACCGCGUUCGCUGUGAGGAAGCACGUCAAGAUUCAUCUAAAGGAGAAACCCUACAUUUGUACGCUGUGCGGGAAGGGCUUCACGGAGGCCGGCUCUCUGAACAUUCACCAGAAAAGACACAUCGGCGUUAAGGAUCACAUAUGCAGCGAGUGCGGGAAGUCCUUCAUCACCAGCAGCGAGCUGAAAGUGCACCAGAAGUUCCACAACGGCGAGAAACCGCACAAGUGUUCGUUCUGCGAGAAGAGCUUCUGCCAGUCGGGAGCGCUGAAAGCACACGAGACGUCUCACACCGGAGAGAAACCGUAUCACUGCAGCGAGUGCCAGAAGAGGUUCAGUCAGUUCAGCUCACUGCGCAGACACCGAAUGAAAAAAAUCGCCUGUAAAAACCCACACGAACAAAUACUAUAGUAUUAUAUAGCACAUACUCUGGUGUUAUUGAACAUUUUUAAAUACUUGAACGAAUUGUUGCAAUGCUAUAGUUGCUUUAGUAAUGCAGCUAUAGUAAUAUAAACUAAUUACUCAAUACCGUACAAUUUUCUAUGCUGUGCUAAUUUUAUAGUUGCUAUGGUAAGGCUACUAUAGUAAUAUAAACGAAUUACCCAAAACUACUGUUUUCUAUGUUGCUGUAGUUCUGUAGUUGCAAUUGUAACACAGCUGUGUAUUGUAUUUGUAUUCUUUGUUGUGGUAAGUUUAUAGUUGCUAUGGUGACGUUGCUAUAGUAAUAUAAACUAAUUACCCAAUACUGUACAAUUUUUCAUGUUGUGGUAGUUAUGUAGUCGCUAUGGCAACACAGCUAUCAUAAUAUAAACUAAUUCCCCAACACUACAGUUUUCUAUGUUGGAGUAAUUUUAUAGUUGCUAUGGUAAACACUUCUAUAGUAAUAUAAACUGCCCAAUACCGUUUUUUAAUGUUGUGGGAAUUCUAUAGUUGCUAUGGUAACACAACUGUAGUAUUAUGAAUCAACUAUCCAAUACUGUGCAAUUUUCUAUGUUAUGACAGUUCUAUAGUUGCUAUGGUAACACUGCUAUAGUAAUUUAAAAUAACUAUCCAAUACCGUCUUUUUUUUUGUGCAUACUGUUUUUAGCGUACUGUAUAGUAUUGAAGUAUGCGGUUUUUAACGCAGCGCUGGUCCUCUAUAAAACGCCAGCAGUGUUGGCUUGUGGAGGGCCGUGCUUUUUCACCUGUUUGUUUUGUUUCUUUCUACCUUUGGUUAAUAUUUUAAGUUUGCUGGCCUCAAUUGAGCACUUGUUUGUUCUUUAAUGUUUAAAUAAAUAUUUUUCGGCACCAAGCCAUCCUGU